AUGUACAACGGAUCGACUCUUGGCCCAGGUGCUAAUGCAUUGCUGGUGGUCAGCGGCGUAAAGAGAUCUGGAUCCAAGAAGAAGGCCAAGGGAAACGGUUGGUUGGGCUCUGAUAGAGACGGCUGGCUUGUUCCAUCUGGCGGAGGAGCAGUUGGAGGUGGUGGAAGUUCUAUAUAUUCACAUUUCUUGCCUAGGCGCCGACACUUGAUUUCAAAGCAGCUUAUAAAUCAAUCAGGAUCUCUUGGGUUGCAGCGUGAGCGUGAGCGUGGGGGCGAGAUACAGUCAAAACAGGCUGAAGAGAUGAUUGAAAUGCAGGAAGAAAAGAGAGAAGCUGAAAAGCUGAGAGCUGAGAACGGAGGUGAGCGGGUAAUAGGGAGGCAGAGUGAGACAGAGGCGGAUCUGGAGCGGACUUUAGUGGAACCGUUCCUGCAGGUAUAA